AUGCAGAUCAGAAAUUUUUUGGUCUUAUUUGCUUUGAUUUUUGCAGAAUCGGAUGCCAGCAGAAGACACCAUAAGUUCCAUAGACAUCUGGUGGCGUUGGGAGAGGCGGCUGACGGGACAACUUCUGGCGCAGCGGUUCAGACAUCGUCAGUAGCUCCAGAUGCCAAAACUACAGCUAAUGCUCCAAUCGCCACGUCAUCUGCUGCUCCAGAAGUAAAGACACCUUCAGCGGCUCCAGAUGUCAAAACUACUGUAGUCAUUCCAAUCGCCACGUCAUCCAUCGCUCCAGCUGUUCAUAGCUCUUCCGCAGCUCCAGCAGCUCAGACGUCUUCAGCAGCUCCAGCUCACCAGACAUCCUCUGUGGCUCCAGUUAUUCAUUCCUCCUCAUCUGCCCCAAUCGCUGGCUCCUCGUCCCUCUCUUCGGAACCCCAAUCCUCCACAGCAAGUAUUCCUUCAAACUCGACAUCUUCAGAAUCCACCCCUUCUUCUAUUCUUCCUCCUAGCACCACAUCAACCCUUCCAUCCACAACUACAUCAUCCGGAUUCUCGAAUUUCUCAUUUUUCAGUACUAUUUUGGUUUUGUGCUUGAUUUUCUAG